AUGCGGGGCGUGGGCACUGUGGCCAACAGAGGUUCAAUAUUCAGCCAUUGCGUGCGCCUAUUUCGGAGACUCAGAGUAAGCAUUGCCACUAUAACAGAGUUCACUGGUAUUGUUGCAAUAACUAGGGGUUUUUAAACAUAGUUUCGCCUAGAAAGGACUACUUACCCAUGUUUCAGGUCGCACGUUAUUGUUAUGCGAUAGAACACUCAAAGCAUAUCCUCAAAAUUAGGUGUUACAGCCAUUGUAUCGCAUGUAACAGCGACGCCUGAAAAAAAAACAAACGCCACCAACAUCCCACUCAUGGUCAUUUUGUGAGGUUAGACUCAGCCCAUCGCCGCAUGAUGGUUUGGAACAAAAACUACUUCGGUUGAUUCAAACCUGUCACUACAAAGUGGAAAACACGUUAGUGCUAAUAGUCCGGAGAGUAAUUCCUUUGGUGUCGCGUACGUCCAUCAGGGCCGUGCUCCCUCACCAAUGCCGUUGAAUUACAAGAGAGAUUAGGUUCUUUAUAAAGUGCCGGAACACAAUCCGAUAGCCGCAGCAGGUUGUGGUACGUGUAUUGGGGAUCUAACAUACGUUGAUAACAUUACGAUACCGCCGUGCAGCUUUGCUGACAUUCAACUUACUGAGCCCCAUACAAACGCGAUAGCAGUCGAAGUGGGCCGAAAAGAUGAAGAAGAAGAUGAUGCUUCGGGUUUCACUGUUGAAGAUUUCUUCUCGACCAGGGAAGGCGUCGAAACUCCUGACUUAGUGACAACUGCCGUACCAGAUUGAACUUUUUGAUACACAGGCAAAAUAAGGAUGAUAUAGACUAUCAGGUCAACCGUGUGCGCAGCAUGCACAUGAGGCUCUCUAAACUCUUCUCGUUGAUUAAGACAGUUCGGCCAUGCACAUCACCGACCCGAGAGGGAUGUUGUCCGCGAUGUAAUCACGCCCGAACUGAACUUUGCGUGGAGACAUCGCCCGGUUUGUCAAUUGAAGGUGAGGGUGGAUGCAGUGAACGCUGACUUAAACAUACAUUUGAUUCUUCCGUCUGCGGGGCUGGCCUGCUAAGUGACUCACCCUCGUUCGUAAGCCUGUCUCCGACAAGACAUUAAUCCGGAUAUUAAAAGCGUUAGGUUGUCUUCUCGUAGUCGACAAAGUUGAGAACACACUUGAUGACCGCCAGCGAUAUUUUGAAAGGCUGACAGUUUGGCUGCCUACGAAGCAACCUCGUCAUACCCCGAAUAAAUAGAAAAGUGGAUGCGCAUAUUAAAAAAUUAGAAAUAGCUUGCUUGAUCUUCAGCCAUGCAUGUCUUUGGCAUGAUGUCCAUCCGAUAGUUAGUGACAAGUUGAGCUUUUUUGACCCUAAGUUUCUGUUCGUUUAUUGUGACAAAGCUAAUCAAUCAGUUAUUUAUAGAUCAGUCUGCACUAUGAUAUGGCCCGUUGCAUUUUGUUCACCACUGAUCUCAUGCUGCAUGCUUCGGUUGAGUGUUUCACUUUCUAUACUUUCGAAACGUGAGAGAAGCCGGACUUUGGGUGCAUUUUUUCUUUCUUUUAGCCUUUAAAGCCUUUUUAUGAGUCGUGCAUUCAGGAUCCUUAUCUUAUAUGGCAGCCAAACGGGGAAUGCACGUACCAUCGCCGAAAGACUGGCCUUACAUGCUUGCCGACUAUUUCGCCUCAGAAAUUACCCUGCAGAUUGCCCCGCUUCCCUCAUCCACGUCUCUUCCGCUGAUGAAUAUCAACCACUACACGAGCUUGCCUCAGAAUCGGGCCCGGUCAUCUUCAUUUGCUCGACCACGGGCUGCGGAGAUCCACCGGACAAUAUGGCGGCCUUCUGGCGCAAGAUUAUGAAUGUCCGUCUGCCAGAGGGGCGUACGUUCCCAAUCUCCCUGCGUUUCGUCGUACUGGGCAUGGGCGACUCCUCCUACAGCCAUUAUAAUCACGUUGCGAAGAAACUCUAUCGCCGCCUUGUUCACCUCGGUGCUUCCCCACUUCCCGUCUCUCUUGCGCUGGCGGAUAAAACUCAGGAUAUUGGACUCGGUCUAGCAGACGACUCGGCUCCCGAGGGCAUUGUGGCAUGCAUGCGGUGGUUCAUCCCGUCUCUGUGGAACACUAUAAAUUCUCACUACUCCUCGAGCAUUCAAAGUCUGGGUACACUCAUGUUCCCCAUUACCUGGGAUGACCUCGAGAAUCCAGAAUUUGUUGCUUCGCUACAGCCAAGAUUUGCUGUUAAGUGUGUAAAAAAGCGUGAGACUGAUCCGAAUAUGGUGAACUCCGUUAAUGGAACCCAGUUUGACAACAGUAACUACCUCACUGAGUGGAUAGAGGCCCUUGUACGGCAUGAUAACUCUCUCUUCAAGGGACCGCCUAUGCCAUCAGGGGCCUCAAGUUUUGUUGUAGUCUCAAACGAACGUUUGACACCCGAGGAUUACUUUCAAGACACUAGACUCAUCCGACUUGAAAUGGAGGUAAGCAUCGCAUUCCUGGUGUACCACAAUGGUGUAGCCUACAUGAUAACGGGCGUAGUCUAUUUCUAAGAUCUGUCCAGCUAGAUAUGCCGACUUUUUUGGUCUGUUUCUCCUAGGCUUCGUACCGCAGCCACACGGCGCUAUUUCCAAUCACAUGAACUGCCGAUUUCGUCUAACUGAUGCCAACGCAUCAGGACGAAGAUACACUACGCCUUGUUUCUAUGGCAAGAAGCCUGCAGCUCAGUCGAAAAAAUCUGUCUCUGUAGACUCGUAUUCGGACCAAAUUCUCGACGUUCAGCAUAUUGGGGGGUAAUUGGCGGUGCCUUUGAGGAUGCUAACGCAGUACCCUUGAUGACUUCUGCUAAUGAUCUCCCCGUGAACUGUCGUUUUUUGCUACGUGGACCCACUGUAACAGUAGAAAUAUUGACAAAGCACGUGUUUAGAUUUGUAUCCAGUAUUUAUGAUGUAAGUAUGGUGCAGCAACCAUCAUGCGAAAUUAUGUCACUUGUAGUAGUACUUGUUCUGGGAGCGAAAAUUACAUGGUCAUUCCGCAGCAUUUGAUUGCCUCCGACUCAAAGUUCAUUAGAAUGUCAUGGCAUGUCCCAAAAGGCCGUGCCAUGGGCACGCCUUGAAGUCAUUUCAUCAGUAGUCUAUGGGAUUAUUAGGUUAACGACGGUUAGGCAGCCGCAAGCGACGACGCCCACCGCGUACCCUACAGAGUGGACGCAGCAUCUACCCACCCUGCUUUGGCGGUGAGACAAAGUCAAGAUGACCGGAGGUGGACCUGGGUGCAGUAACUGACAGGGCUACAUGUACCACAUGCAGCUCGAUCUCCACAUCGUGUGCCUGGCUACUGUGGGGACGGUCCGGAUCUCAAGUGCGUGAGAUUACUACAGAGGCCACAUUUUAAAAGAGCUAUCGCAGCGUGACCAUCAGCCCAGGGAAGGGACGGAUUAUCCAGUUGUUUGGCAGUCUUUCAAGCCACGACCGAUCCCGCGUCUUUAUAUAUUUAAACUCAUCAGAUUUAUAAUAUUAAGGAAUGCGUUGAUUUGCCGUACGUCUGAAUUCCCCCAGGUCGGCCGGACUUUAUCUUCUCUGUCCCAUGCACCAAUAGAUUGCUCGAGCCUGUAAAACAAUUGAGGAGAUUGGACGUAGUGCCUGACCAGACUGAACAGCCUGUUUACGUGCGCAGCACACGACCUCGUCCAUACUCCAUAUGUACCACAUUGCACCAGAUGACGAUUCCUGAUUAAGUACUAUAUGCGUGUUUUGCAUGCGACAUUUCGCCCGCCAUGCAGCCGCUGGAAAAGUGGAUCACAUGCUUACUGUAAGGAGUGAUGCAUAGUAUGGUAGCCAGUGGUGUCGUGCACGCGCCUGUUGUGGAGUAAGUUUGCGUAUAGCCUAAGAGUUUGUUUGUACAGACAAGACGAGGUGUCGUGGUUAAGGUGGAACAAAAACUACUUCCCACUCACGUGAGGUGUGCAUGUCCUGACAUGUGUCGUAACGUCCGGCCCACCAGCGAUAGUGGAGGGGUGCAUGUGCCUACUGUCGGAAUGAGUUAGGAUGUUACGGGUGGUGGUGCGCGAUGGGAAGCUAGUUCAUAUGUGGUCUAGGGAUGUGUGGUCUGGUAGAACGGGAUGCGGUCAUUAGGUUUGGACUGUGGUAUUUUACCACAGACGAUCUUAAAGACGCACGUGGCCGAGUGGGUCUAUACAAUGGCUUUAUCGGCCGGUUAGGGGGCUGUAAAAAAUGUAUGUUGGAAUUCUUGAACUAGUUCACCGCUUCCCCUGCGACGAACUCGUAAGUGACUGACCGUACCCUUGUGUAAUGCAACUGUGCGGUGACAGCAAGGGUGAGAAUGGAUUGUGGUUUCUAAGCUGGUGGUGGCAACGAUCCUGUUACUGGUGGCGACGCUGGUAAUGAAGGAGUUUCCGGGUGUAGGAGGUGGGUUUAUCGUGUUGAUAUUGCGAUGAAUUCCGCCUUUAUGAAUGCAUAUGUAGCCAAAAAGACCCAUGCGGUGUUUGAAUGUCCCGGAGCAUAAGCACACACACACACUCCUCACAUGCGUGAGUGUCAAAGAUAGCCUAAGAUGGAGCCGUUAUAGUCUCAGACUCGGAUCGCACAUGCAGCAGUGAAGCUGCAAGGAGAGAAGGUCGAAAAGAAUACUUUCCACUUGCGUGGGAGGUGGAAAUUGGGUGCUUGUGAUCGGUGAUGAUGUUGUGUGGUGCUGGAUUCUGGUGCGGGAUGAUGUGAUGGUGUGGUGUAGCUGGCGGUUAUCUAUCGCAGGUUUUCGUGAAUGCGCAUGUGGCCUCAUAGGCCCAUGCAGUGAGUAAAUGUGUGGGUGCAGUGAGGACAGUUGAUGUGUGUGUCGUGAGUGUAGGUUGGUUCUUCAGGCACUGGUUCACCAUUCACUGUGCGAUGGAUUCGCAAGUGACCGAUCAGACCGAUGCUUGAGGUGUACGGGGACAGUGUGGGCAGGAUAGAUCGGGAGUGUCAGAGCUGGUUUCAGUGGUGAUGUUGGAGCUGUUGUCGUGAAUACGCAUGUGGCCGAAUAGACUCAUUCGGUGAGUGAAUGUGCGGGACAGUGAGGAUUGUGGAAACAGAUGCGGCAUGUCGGUUUAUCCCCCAGGCACUGGUUUGCCUGCCUCUGUGCGAUGGAUUCGCAAGUGGCUGACUAUGUCGAUGUGUGAACUGAAUGUGCGAUCGCAGUGCGGACAGGUAUGAACCGCGUCCACACAGCUGGAGGUGGGGAUGUUGAUGUUUGAAGUUGAUGGGACGUCGGACGUCGCCCUUCGGUGAAGGGAGUACGUGAGGUCGUGUGGUGGUGCUGACCGCUGCAGUUGGGGCAGGGUGGGUGGUGGCGGCGAGGCUGCGACAGUGUAAGUGGCGGUGAGGGGGUGUCGGCCAGUGCGGAGUUUGCGACAAGGGCGAGAGUGAGAGAAGAAGUAGACGUUGUCGAGCUGAUGGCGCAUUGGGUCCGAAGAUAUCCAGUAAGACAGAUGGGUACCCGGGACGUCCGCUGACUUGGUUGGCUGAUUGGGGGCGGUUGAGCAUUGGCGUUGUGAGGUGGGGGCAGUUGUGAUUUGCAGGCUUCGCGUUUGUGGCUUUGGUGGCGGUGAAGCGAUGGGCUUCGUAGAUUGCUGCGCUUCUCUUCACUAUUUUCUUUCACGUGGGUCGGUCCCGGGUGAGGUCUUCCCAGUUGGCCGGAUUGAUCUGCGGGCGCCUCAGGGAAGUCUUCAGGUUAUCCAUGUGGCGCCAGACUUGACUUUCUUGUCAGUGGGAACCUGUGACGACAUCUCCAUAGAAUAGUCAUCCGGGUAGCCGCUUCUCGUCCAUCUGCACAAGGUGGCCGCUCCAGCGCAGUAGCAGUUGUCUCAGCAUGGCGUGGAUGCUGGGGAUUCCCGUCCGCUCCAGUAUGUCCGUGUCCGGGAUCCGGCUCCAGUAUCCGUCGAAGACAACUGAGGUGGAAGUGGGUAAGCCUCCGUGCCCACUUCUUGUACACCGUCCAGGCAUCCGCUCCAUACACCAUUGUCGGCAGGAUGACUGCUUUGUACAUCUGCAGUUAGGCACCGUUCACGUUUAUUUGGGGUGCGACGUAGGCAUCGUCAGGUAGCGGUUGAUUCAUAACCACCGUCUUCUCCGUUGAUGACCAGACUGAAGUUGUCGCAGGCGGUGGCGAAGAGAUCCAUGCCCCUUUGCAUGUCCCAUUCGAAGGUAGCGUUGAGGGCGCAGUCGUCGGCGAAGAGAACUUCAUGGACGGUGGUUGGUGAUACCCGCGAUUGCAAGAGCAUUCGUCGUUGGUUGAGGAGUUGGCCGUCCGUCCUGUAGGCGAUGUGGGUCCCAGGGCGUUCGUCACGGGAGCGUCCAUCAGCAUGGCAGAGAACAUGAGACUGAGGAGGGUAGGUGCGGGAACGCAGCCCUGAUUCACUCCUUUAAACACUGCGAACAGCCUCCUUGUCUGUGACUCGCGCCAUCAUGCCAUCGUGGAGCUGACGUACCAUUUGAGUGAGUCGUUCGGGACAGCCGAAUUUCUACAUGAUUUUCCACAGUCCUUCGCGACUCAGUGUGUCUAAGGCUUUCGUCAGGUCCACAAAGGUAGGAUAGAGGUGUAUCCCUUUCCCCUGGCAUUUCUCUUGCAGUUGGCGGGCGGCGAAAAUCAUGUCAAUGGUUUCAUGAUGACGGUGGAGGCCGAAUUGGCUUUCCGGAAGGAGUCCCUGUACCAGAUGGCUGUUGAGACGGUUGAGGAGAAUUCGAGCGAAGAUCUUUCCAGCGAUGUUGAGGAGGAAGAUUCCUCCGUGGUUGUCGCAUAAUUGGCCGUUUCCUUUCCGUUUAUAGAGAUCGACGAUUGUGACGUCUUUGAAAUCCUGCGGGACUUCUUCUUAACGCCACAUCUGGAAGAGCGUUAUCAGAUGAUCCAUGAGUAGGGGGCACCGUAUUUGUAGAUCUCAGCAGGGAUCGCGUUCGACCCGGGCGCUUUUCCGCUGGAGAGCCGCUGCGCAGCCCUGAUGGUUUCGUGAGGAGAGGGCGGAAGGUCAAGGUGGGCAUUGGUCUCCACUUGGGCCAGAUGGUGGAGGGGCAGUUGAGGACGCCACUUAAGUGAUAGGCCCAUUGCUGUAGAAUUUGUGUCUUCUCGGUAAGUAAGCUACUGCUGUCGGCGCUGAGCAGAGGGGCGGUGCCUUUGGCUGUGGGACCGUGGACAGCCUUGAUCACAGCGAAGGAUCUUCCAUUCAUUGCGAUCCGCGUAACCUUGGAUCUCCUCGGCCUUGAGAGCCGUCCAGCCGUCCUGCAUCUCGCGCAGCCGCUGCUAAACAAGGCGGCGACUACGAUAGAGGGCUGCUUUAUUGUCAUCGGUGGGGCGGAUGAUGUAGAUUUUGUGCAGACGGUUCUUUGCGGCGAGUAGGUUACUGAUGGCGGCGUCGUCGUCGUCGAACCAGUCCUGAUGUUGGCGGCGUGCACGGCCAAGGAAAACCGGAGUUGUUGACCGGAUCGCGUCUCUCAGUUGGCACCAUCAUUUAUCCACGUAGAUGUUCUCGUUAGCGGCGGAUGCGGCGGCGGAGACGACUAGAGGCUGGACAGUUGUUGAGCUAGUUCAUUGCUGAAAUGGGGAAGGUGAGCAGGCAAGACAACAAGGCAAUAUUCAACUUACCUAGAGGUCGCUUACCUAGAGGUCUCCUGCGAGUCUGUAGGCAAAUCUGCAUCUCGGAGAUGACGAGGCGGUAUUCGGUCCACCUGUCGGCAUCCAGGAUGGCCUUUGUCACUAGCACGUCCCACUGGUCUCGCCUUCGGACGAAGACAUAGUUCAGCAGGUGCCAGUGUCGCGACCGAGGGUGCAUUCAGGUGGCGUUCUUUCACGUUUUCAGGCAGUAGGUGUUGGUCAGGAUGAGACAGUGUUCUGCGCAGGUUCGCAGGAGGAGCCUUUGAGUCAAUGGGGGCCCAGCACUCCUUUCCAGAUAGCAUGGUCAGUGCCGACGUGGGCGUUGAAGUCACCAAGGACUACCAGCCUAUCCGCCUUCAACACAGACGCCAGGAGUACGUGCAGGCUCCCGUAGGAUUUGUUCCUCGCCUCGUCAGGGCUGGUCAUCGGGGAAGCGUAGACGCUGAUAAUGGUGGCGAAUUCGACUUCUCGGAGAGGCAGGUGGAGACUCACCAGCCGAUCGUUGAUGCCCUGCGGCAGGCAGGGCAGUCGUCGCACGAUGCCAAUCAUGAUGGCAGAGGCGACACCCGUGUCACCUUCGCUCUGUCUUGGGACGACCGCUGCAGAAGGUGUAGCCGGCACCCACCUCCAGUUGGCCCUCUUCGAAGAACCGGGUCUCGGUGAGUGCAGCCAUGUCUACCUUGUAGCGCGCCAACUCCCUAGCCAUUAGCGCCGUCAUCCGUUCCGGUCGUUUCCUCCUCGGAUUGUCUAGAUGGGGACGAAGGGAACUCACCCCACCAGUCUGGCAAGUGGGGCGGCGGUGAAAAGGCACAGGAAUGGGAGAGUAUUUCUUCUUGCGUUUUUGUUUCGACCACAUGUUUAGCAGUCUGCGAGCUAUGGUUUGCGCGCGGAGGACGUGAACCCACCUCUAUUUAGGGCAUCCUUCAUAGCCGCUUACGUGAUUGCCUGUCACCCUGGCCGUAGGACUUUAGACCGCGGGGGAAGACAGUAGAGUAGAGUUAGCGACGGAUGCAGAAAGGCGCGAAGGAGCAGAAAGGGACAGGUAAUUCAGCCACUAGGUCAGUAGCUUGAUGAGUGCUGAAAUGCAGGGGUUAGCGGGCAAGGACAACCAAGCGAUAUUCAGCUUACCUAGGGGGUCACUUACCUUGUGGCCCCUAGCGAAGUUGCAGACAAAGCCUCAUCUUGGAGAUGGUCAUGCAUGGACUUUUGACCGUGGGGAAAGAUAUUAGAGUAGAGAACAGAGAGGAUGAAGAGUGGAGAAUAGAUUCGAAGGAACAGAAAGGGGCAGGCCCUCCAUCCACGGGAUCAGUAGCAUGCUGAGUGCCUGUGUUCUCCUGCGGGAUUACAGAUGAAGCCUCAUCUGGGAGGUGGCGAUACGGUGAUCCGUGCGGCCAGCGGCGGUGGGAGGGGGCAGAAUUACUGUGUGUGAAGAUGCACACACGGAUGCCCUCAUCUGGUUUAGCUCAGCGGUCGAGGCGGAUGCCGGCGGAUGGCCGAUAGACAGAGCCUGGCUUUGGGGAGCCACGGGUGAGAGCUAGGUGCCAGUUAAUGGACACUGUGUAGUCAGCACCUGCGAGCAAGUGAGCGACCUACUACGACCAUCACGUGGAUCCACAACCGGACACCCCUACACCCCAAGGGAACACCUAGGAUGACGAGCACUCCCAUCUAACCUCUAUUCCUUAGGGCAGUUUGACUGGUUGUAUCCCUUAGCACACCAGAAGUUUAUGGCAGUCGUUGUUUCCUGAGCAUUCUUCGAAAGCUUAAGAAGGUUCGCUUGGUAGGUAAAUUGACCACUUCGGCCACAGUAAGGUUGCGUCCUCGCUGACUGCUCAGCAACCCACAAACUACACUUAAGUGAUUGCAACCGAUUUUUGCGUGCCUAUGCGCUCAAGCACCUUUGGUAAAAAAUUAGCGGAAGGCAUUGCGUUAUAUCAUAGAAAUAAGGUUGCGUAAGCUCAGGUAACCGGAUUGGGGCCGACUUUGUUUAAAGUGCGGACCCAUUUCAAGUGCCUAUAUUUUGUUAUUGUCAAAAUGGGCUUGCGAUAACGAGAAGUUCGGAACAUACUUUCAGAUUGGGCGAUUCACCGUAACCCUUUGAAUUCCCAUUAAACAUUAUCGCGGCCAUCUAGAGCGAUGUCAGUCGGGAAGAAUUACCACGGAAAUUGCGCCCAUAUUCGGCGCUUUUAAAAAAGGUACACAACGAAUUCCUCUCAUAUGAACAUCUUAAGGGAAAUAUUCUCCGUCGACACAGCAAUCACGUCAAAAUAUGUUUCUCUUUGGACUGAAACGGUCGAAACCGAAUAUAUUCAGCCAGGUCCCGAAGUUGGUGCAAAAAUCCAAGACGACUGCAGUUGACUUCAGCAGAAAAUGUGCAUUUCACACCAGCCAAACGAGUAGUAGUAUGCGCUUUGCACAAAACGCAUCACAAUUCUACCGUGGGUACAUUGUGGAAGCGGGGUGGGUCUCCUAGCGUUCACGUGCAGUUUUGGCGCAACGAAAAUUGACCCAUGCCUAUCUGCCUGUUUUUGUCCAGACCCGCCAUCCCCCCACACCCAGAAGACAUCAAACUCACGUCUCAACCCCUUCCCCAAGCCGAACGAUGCACCUACAUACCGACCUGCAGACAGUCUUUGUAUCCUUCCGGUCCCUAUCCGACUGGUGUGAGGAUCCCACGUCAACACUUCAUUUUGUCCGUCAAUAUGCUGUUACCAACAGUCUGUGACACACAAAUGUAGCCAUCCCUCUGAAGAGCCAUACCUCUUGUUAUAUACUCAGACAGAUCUGGGUUCACACCGAACUGUUUUGGUUCGUAAAACAAGUCAUCUACAAGUCUGACGUCAAGGGGGACCUAGCAAGCGCCCAGCUGCCAGGUAGCAAAGUGAUCUAGUAAACAGCAGGGGUAGAUUGACACAGAUGGCAGGAACCGGGCGGAAGCUGUUUCAGGCCUUAUUCGGCCAUGCCACCCAAAGACUGACCAUAUACGCCAACGUGUUUAGGGCAUAAUUCAUUUACUUGACUGGACACUCUACCCAAGGCUAGCUAACGUUGUCAUCUUCUGUACUUAUGACCAGCUCCCGCAAUACAUAGUCCAGUCAACGGAGGUUUGGGGUGUCAUGAAAACAAAGUAACAAGGUAAUCAUCCCUUUUGCUCGUUCGAAACUCCUAAUUGCUAAUCCGUCUCUUUUUUCCUCCCUCACAGACACCUUCGCCUAAUGACUCACUCCAGUUCCUCCCCGGUUCCGUCUUUCACGUUCAACCUGCCAACUCUUUGGAAAAUGUUCUUGCCUUCUUCACUAUUACUGGAAUUGAUCCGAGCACCCGCAUCAAGGUCGAAGUUUUACGGGAAGCCCAGCGACCCGGCGAGCAUAUCGUACCCUUCCCUCUACCUGGUCGUCUAGCUGAUGUCCUGUCUGAUUCCAUUUCCAUGGCUUGGUUAGUCACGUACUACUUUGAUCUCAACUGCCUACCCACACAACUCUUCUUCUCCAACUUUGCUGCCGCUCAUUGCCGUAGGAAGCAAGUUGCCUCCCAUAGCGACAGCAUCGAACGCAUCCAGAUGGAGUGUGACCGUUUAAAAGAACUAGGUCAUGCCUGCACGGCGGAGGCCAUGGACGACUUUUACGAUUAUGUUAACCGGCCCCGACGGCGCAUCGUCGAGGUGUUGGGUGACUUCCCCUGCACGGCGGCUUUUAUCCCUGUCGAAUCGUGGCUGGAUAUCCUACCAGGGCCCAUACACCCCCGACCCUACUCCAUAGCCUCGGCGGCACCAACAAUCGAACUGCUCGUCGCAGUAGUCUCCUUCCGCACACGCAUGCUGACCCUACGACAAGGUUUAACCACAACCUUCCUGGCUCGUAGCCCCGUUGGCAGCCGAAUCUCCGGCUGGAUCUCCCGUCCUGUUUAUGGGUUUGAUUUCACCUACUGCCUCGCCUCGCCAACACAUCCGUGCAUUCUCAUUGGCCCGGGAACCGGAGUGGCGCCGUUCAGAGCCUUCAUCUGGUAUCGACUGACUAAGACCGGUGACGAGACCACCCUCUCUACUCCGCUUAAUGUCCUCUUCUUCGGCUGCCGUUUCUCCAAAAAAGACUUCUACUUCCAAAAAGAGUGGGAGAAGUUGGAAGCAGAGGGGCACCUGAAACUCAUAACAGCAUUCUCUCGUGAUGGCCGCAGUAUGAUCGCCAAAAAUAGAACCUACGUUCAACAUCGAAUCCUGCAGAAUGCGGACCUAGUUUGGGGACUGCUCAGUGGAUUUGGCGCCGCUAUUUACGUGGCGGGAAACGCCAAGGCGAUGCCUGCUGCGGUGCGAGAAUCCCUGGUUGAGGUCGUCCGCGACUGCGGCAAAAUGACCGACCUCGAGGCCGAGGCCUAUAUAAGUAAUCUUGAAAGUUCUGGAAGGUAUCAGGUGGAGUCUUGGACCUAAAAUGCGCUUUUGUGUAAAUUUGUGUGCAUGUAUACAAUCAUUUUUCUUUUGACGCAAAUGCAGACUGUGUUAUGCCUGUCUUUUACGACCACAUUGGUGGUGCGCCCACAUGUACAGUUCUUGAUUUGAAAAGAAUAGAAUAUAUUCCCCAGCGACUAUUUUGGCUUUAUUUUUGCUUGCUUGGGCUUACUUGCUGGUAGUGCUUUUUCAGCUUUGCAUCUGCUUCGCUCUUCUAAAUCCUCGAGGCUUAGAGCAUUGUCCCUUUUUAUAGGUUGUCUGCUUACGCAUGACAUUCAAAAUUUCGCUUAACUUCCUGGUUUCCUUAACGCCAAAUCCAAGGUUUGGUCAUUAGAGCGCGCCACCCCUAAGUUUCUCUUCAUCAGUAUUGUUAUUUUGCUCACUGCUGCUGUGGCACGGUUAAGCAGCACGGAUGCGGUACGGCCCAAAUAGGAGCAAAAAUCAAAGACAGCAGUUUGCUUUUACUAACUGGACGGCAUUUCCAGUAACUCCGCAUUCAACAUUUCUCAGAAAACUCUGACCUGUGACGGUGGUUACUGCUAUCCUCGAACAAACUGAUUUGAAGAACUUUAUAUUUUAUGUCAGCCUGCAGUCAGCAGCGUCGACUUUGCUUAUGGUUUCGUUCUCUUGAGUAUGAUGUAAAUCUGCUUGAUCUGAGCCUUACCAGAAUUGUCAUUGAUCCGAUCUGCCUUGGAACACUGGAGGCGAACCAACUUUUCUCAGAGAUAAAAACACUUCGGUCGUCUGAAGAAUGACCGUACUGAUCAGAAGGUUCUGACUUUGUUCGAGUUUAUCGGAUUAACCAUCUGCGUCGGCAGAGUUAAACCGACUUGGUCUCUGGGAGGCAGCGUAGCUGGGCUGUCUACUGCCGUGCCGACCGCCGCCCGAGCGAUAUUUCCCUUUAACGCGGUAGGGCGCCUAGCUGCGCAUAGAUAUGUCCAACGCUGACUAAUAAGCAAAUAGUAAUGUGAACAAUCUGUCCACUAUCUGGCUAUGGUCUCGAACAUGAUUCCGGAACUUUCGAUAAGCAUACCUAUCGAGUUAACUCCUAAAAUACGACUUUAUGCUUAGGUCUACUUUUCUUUCGUGAUAAGGCCAAGUCAUUCUGGAACUUCCAUGCCUCAAAAUGCCCCUUUUUCCAGUGCUUUAUACAAUUUCACCGGGUUUCAAACUCGGGUCAAAUAGUGGCAUUUUUCAAAGUUUCAUCCCGCUCGAUUGAAAAGAUUAAUUAAUCUUUUAGCCGCACCAACUGUAUGACCUCCUUGCGUGGAAGAAGUAUGGUUUGCAAGCAGUGUGUGAAUACCGCAACGGGGCUUUCAUAACUGCCCAAAAUUCAUCUACCUGCCUUUGGGGCUUAUUAUUUGUCACGAAGACUCUGCAGAACUUUCACACACGAGGAGUGGCGCUAAAACCUCUUGCGCUUGUUAAGUUGGACGUGAAGAGCUUAUAGUUCAAGGCGCAGCGUAGAUGUAACCCCCAAUUUCGGUUUUAUGCGAUUUUACUAACUCUUACCCCACACUGCUCGCCAUCUCGCAUCAGCCGACCGUUCCGCAGACAAAACUCAACAAGUGGCUGGUUUGGAAGGCGAGAACUUACGGUAAUCUGACACGUUCAACUCGCUGGUGAUAAUUUUAUUCUCUAACGCUGCCCUUCGUCGCAGUCUAAAGCGUAGGAAAACUCAACGGCUCUUUUUCAAAGACAAGAGACCGGACUUUUUAAAUCCUUACCAAAAGCCAACUAAUGAUUCCGACAGUUUCAAUCGGAUUUCCGCGCCCUUAACUCGUCAUCUUUUUAGUUGCCGACUGUUUUUUUUUCAGUCACAGCUGCCUUUAAUUCGGAUUCUUUCGCUUUUUUCUGACUGCUAUUAUUACAAGAAAGGCUAGUUCCUUUCCAGGUGUUUGUGCGACUUUCUAAAAUUAGGUGUGGUGCGCACGCAUGUGGCAGGUGUCGGGCUGAGAUUUUACGCCGAGUCAGCCGCUGCACCCGACCUCAUAAUUUCCAGUGGCUUGGUUGGGAUCUGCCACGGGAGUAUCAUGGGAGAAGAAGGAAAGUGUGACCCAGCCCUUACUUCUCACUCUGUAAGCAACGUGGUUAUCCAUUAGCCCAACUACUGGCUACCUGGUGCUUCCACAGGUGGCGGAUAGUGGGAAGGCCUACAGCGAAGGUUAGCAGCGAAAUAAGCAGACGCUCAAGUUUGACGAAUAAGCAGUCGCGGACCGGCAGAGACAGUGCUACCAGAGUGCGGAGGGCUGAGGUCCGGCACGCCGGCAGUCUUCUAAGAUGCUGCAGAGCCCGAUGGCGGUACCGCGUUACGGCGACUGUGAACCGCCAUUAAGUAAAUUUGCUUACUAGCGCUACCUUGUGGUUAGGUUCUUGAGCCAAAGCGCUAGAGGCGGCAACUUCGAACAAACAAUCCGACGAGCUGUUGGAGGCCCGCCUGUGCUCAAAAUUCCAAGAACUCGCGCAAAUGUCCGACUACGGUAUGGCAACCCAUGCUAGGGCGUCCGCUGGAACCGAGGCGUACAGCAGCCCUGGUCCAGUGUUGCGGGCGAAUAGUAUGCAAACUGGACUACUCGACCGGUAACGGAUUUUUGGUACUGAAUGCUGGGAUGUGCAAACGUUUCUGGACCCUGGUACGCAAGGUCUGACCAUCCUCUUGUUCGCACACGCCUGAAAGUUCAGUCGUCAUCAGUACCCCAAAUGCAAUCCAUCACACCCUCGCUCUCCUUUGCAGCAGAAUUCCAUCCCUCUCCAGCCUACGCAAUUUCGGACGACCUCCCUUCUGAGGGCGAAUCUGUCGAUAAAAUACGGAGGCUGCGCAACACCAAGGUGCCCGAAGAGGACGGUAUUUCCACUGGAACCUACAAGUCCUAUGUCGACAUUCUGGCGCCCCGGCUCUAUCGAGUAAUUGAACAGGCGUUGAGAGAUGGGAUAGUUCCUAAUGAAUUUGCCUUGGACGUCCUUGUGCCUGCAUUCAAGAAGGGAGAUAAGAUAAAGUGCAAGAACUAUCGCGACAUAAGCCUCAUCGACGUUGCUGCGAAGACCUUCACUGUUGUCGUUUCCGGACUAUUUCAGUCUGUGCUUGACUCCAGGGCAAGACACAACCAAACCGGAUUCCGAGCUGGGUGUGGCGCUUUCUGGAACCGUGCCAUGGCCACCACCAACCGACGACCGUCUGCUUUGUUGACUUCGCCGAGGUGUUCGAUCCCGUCUAUCGCAAGUCGUUGUGGCAAUAAUUAAACUAGGUGAUGUGCCUAUGGACCCAUUGCGACAUCUCCAUCUUCAUGACGAUCCGCGUGUACCGUGCAUCCGUCCGGUCGGUUUUCCUCUACGCGUGUGAAUACUGGGCUUUGCGCGUGGAAGAUGAGCGAAGACUGGAGGGUAUUUACCACCGCUGCCUGAAGGCCAUCCUUUAAGUGACGUACACCGACUUCGUCUAAAAUGAGACAAUCCGCAGUUGCUGCUAUAAUAUUGCGAGGAUAUCUCAUGCCAUCCAAGAAAGACGACUGAGGUGGUUUGGGCACGUUCUCCAUCGUCAGUCUCAUGAGCUCAGUUAUACCGCCAUCGAUCCGGCGCCGUUGCCCACCUGGAGGCGUCGAAGAGAAGGUCAACUCAAGACCUGGCUCAACACGGUUCGUCAAGACAUGGAAGUGGUUCUCGCACCCUCAGUAUCCGGUCUUUUUCUGUGGAAAGGCGAAUGCGUAGGGCUGUACAGGUCCGCUGUUGCGAAUCGUCACACGUGGUGAGGUACAAUGCGUGACGGCAUCGACGCCGGUUACAUUAGGCAUGGUCACAACCGCACCAAGUACAAGUAUCACGACGCGCUAGCGGUCGUGGCUCGGAAAGUCGCCAACAGGCAAGGCUAAACUGACUGAGGACCAGGUUGCAGUGUUUCCUUAGUGUUGAUUUAUGCCAUCUUGCAUCAUUUAUUUGAGUUCGAGUUUUAUGCUACCUAACUGGUGUGCGUUGAUGGACCAGCAUGCGCGUGGCACACGUAGACAAACGCGUUACACUGCGCCAGUCACUGCCCCAACCUCAUCUCCAGCAGACUUGCCUCGUGCUUGUCACUGGUACAAUCCGAGAGCGAAGAGUGAGUAAGACUGAUCAAACACGAAACCCAUUCCCAACAUCCUCACACUCAUAAAUCAGUCGCGCUUCUGAGUGUAACGAUGCGCUAAUGGUCAGGGCUUCAGAAGUUAACCGCCGAGGGGACAACUCCUUUCAACUCAGGACCGCAGCCUAGGCCGUGAUGGUAUCUUCUCAGAAUAGCCUUUACACUUGAGGAGGAGCACGUGUGCGGCGUGUAAAGAUAGGAGUUCAGUCUUGUAAGCCACUACAUAGCCACCCAUCCUCCAGCUCCCUUGUUCCCAUUCUUUGUAUUUGAACAUUUUGGGCUUUGUGAGAGAUUCAGCGAGUGAGAUGAAUGCUGUCCGGGUCUCCAGAUGACACGCAAGUUACCACUGCACCCUAGGGGAGGGUUGUGGUCUUCUCGUCUCUGACGGAUUAACCAGUUUGCGUGAAGCCAACUAGUACGCGAGCGAUUCUUUAACGAAGAAGGUGCUUGCUCAUUGAUUUCUCAUUAUUUGCUCUUUUUUGUCUCAGUACAGUCCUUUAGGAGGCUAAAUUAGCUACCUCGGACUUGUACUCUCAUCGUUUUUGUGUUGAAUGAACUGACUACCCGAUUGAAAUUCUGUCCUGUUCUCCUUUGCUAGGAACUCUCAUUCCAACUUCGCAUUAGACCGAGUAAGAGUCCCAUAUAAGGCCUUUCCAUAGUUUCUAAUGUAUUCUACAGUUACUAUACCUCGUUAUCUGGGACAUCCGAUAGAUUGGAAUAAACAGUAUCAGCGGGUCAGUUUUCUCCUAAGCCCAUACCUCUGUUGGCCAUUCUGCAGAUCCUGAGGAUGGUGAUAGCGGUGACAGUUUGUUUGUUGACCUUGAUGAUGAUCACACCUGCUCCGGGGCUGGCAGUGACGAAUUGAAUUUUGGUGGGGGUAAUUUGCAUUUUAUCGGCCUCACUCCAUCCCUUCUAAACCUUUCAUGUCCCAAUGGCUAGACUAGGUCCAGAUAACUGGGAAUGAAUUGACCCGACACAAAUUCGUCGUCUGCGCGUGCCGCGACACAGUCAAUCAUCUUACUAUAAUUGAUACAGGGUCCACAACACUUCACUUGUUUUGGAAAGACCUGCCUCGCAUCCAGAGCUGUCUUCGUCCACUAAUCAAAGCAAUAACCGAACAGUGGCCAUGAAGUCCAAAAGUGUCUGCUAGUGCUACAGACGUGAUCCGGGUACGAGGUGGGGUCGAGAUGGACUGAUCAGGUUGUACUGCUAGACAUUUGAUGUGGCCGUCCUUGGCACCUGUACAGCCACUAUUUGUGCAUGCAUAUGUGCAUACACUUAUUCCCUUUGUACUUUGAUUCUUCCCGCAGUGUGCAUGCCUGACUAUAUCACAAUUUUCUCCUAUCCUGUCUUUACGUUUAGGCGCCAUGGCAGCUGUUGUGUGUGGAGCCUGGGCGGGUUUCCAAGAGUUUCUUCUGGCCCCAUUUGGCCUUUGGAGCAUGCACAAACAGAUUGUUGCUCGCCAAACAGUCGAGCACGUCCCCUCCGCCCCUCUUCACGACCAGGCCCUGCGUAGACUGCAGUUGCAGGCCGCUACACCCAGCCGUCAUGGCGAGUUCACCUCUAGAAGACAGCGCUCCCCUCUCUUGACGACGACGACGUCGACUGCCACGAGGAAGACGGUCUGCGGCGAUCAGGGCCUGUACUCUUCCCUCGAGGAUCUGAAGUUGGCAGCGGAGGGUGGGACAGGUGACCUUCAGAAUUCGGCCCAGCAGCAGCAUCUGCCUCUCCAGUCUUCGCGAUCAGAUGGGAUAUUCAGGCUCCUUAGCUAUAUUUGGUUUUACAACAUGUUGCUUGUCUUUGUAAGCAACCUGAGUCCGUGCAGUUUUUUAAUUGACUUAUCUUUGGAUGAAAAAAUGCAGUAUAUGCGCUAUCUCUUGAAAUGUUAACUGAAAUCCGGAAAGAUGUAUUCGAACAUAAAAUAUUAGUUAAGUAUGGUCGUAAUGCUAACUGUCACGCAGCAUAAUUACAAGAUAUCUCAGUCACGUCAGGAUACCGGCUUUUGGACGGGCCUCUCUUCUGCCGCCCGCAAAAAUGGCUACUUAAGCAGCAUGGAUUUUUCGCAAUGAUUUCCGGUGCCCAUGUAAAUUCAGCUAUAUUUUAUAGAGAACAUGGAAAAAGCAUGCUUUUUUGUACCCAUUUGGUAGCAAAUUACGUCUCCUUUAACUUUUCUACUUAAAGGAGAAGUAUAAUUCAAUCUUAAAAUCCUUUUCAAUUCCAAAGUAAUUUGAACCCUACCUGCCGUUACACUUGAAUUUAGGGUUUCCAAACUACAAGCUGUAUACCUCGCAUGUAGGGAAAACCAAACUUUCCUAUACGCCAGCAAGAGGACGUCAUACAAGUCUCAUAAAGUUUUGUUAUGAAUGUGAACUAUAUUGUCCACUUCACAAACAGUUUCAAUAAAUGUCUUGAUGCAAUGCUGCAUGAUUGGAUAUUUCCGGCUCCUAAGAAACCCGUAAUUAUAAACCUAAAACCGAGAGAUACUCUUUCUUCAUGUAUGAAAUUCAAAGACGUAGUUCGCUACCAAAAGAGCACAGAAAUGUUCUUUUAUCCAUGUCUUCCUUAAAAUAUAUUCGACUUUAUACAAACAUCAAGAACCAAUGGGAGAAAAUGCAUAUUGUUUCAGUAUUCAUUUUUUACAGUGUAUUUUAUACAGGCGGCCGGGAAAAAGCCCGUUCAAUAGCCGCCAUCCUAACGCGACUGGAAUAUCUUAGGAUUAUGUCACACGUUAAUUAAUAUGUCAACCUUGCUUAAGUAAUCUUUCCGGAUUAAAAAUACAUUUCAGAAUUUUAUUCAACAUUUCAUGAGAUAGCACAUCAACUGGAUGAUACCGCUUAUCUUGGCUUUGCCAGUCUGCCAAUUGUUGUGUCCGCAAGGCCUGAACGCCAACGGAACCGAAUUCGUGUUGCAGUACUUUUUUAUCAUAAGAAGCUUCCUUCUGUACCCACUUUAAUUAUAUAGUAGAGUCAACCCGGGACUCAUCUCAAGACCAGCUUGUAAAUCCCGUUAAUCUGUCUUUUCUUCUGUCUUCAUUUUUUCCAAAUAUGCAUAUUCAUGCGUUUUUCCAGGGUGCGGUGACAAACUUAAGUCCACUUCUGAUCCACUAUUGCAUAUUACUGGGUCUGAUGAACGGAGAACAUAUGUUACCUAGGGGUAAUAAACUGGCAGGUGCAGCGGUCCCACCAGGAGACUAAGGUGGGUUGAAGCUCCUGUUUCUUUGCACUACCUCGUGUUCUAGUAUUGGCUACUUUGAGGACGUGUAGAAUAGGGGUGCCAAAAUCUACCCACAUAAAAAGCUCCCCUGUAUCAUUAGAUUUUUUAGAAAACGUUGUCGCCCCUUAAACAUAUUUAAAGUGGUGUGCGAUGAAACAAACCAAUGUUGAUCAAGAAAUACUAGUUUUAGUGGCGCAUUUGGGCCCAAAUGUCGUUUAAACAUUCGGUUUUGUUGGCAAUUACCCUUGUGCAUCAACUCUUCUGUCCUAUUGGCGAGUUCACACUUGUUAGGUGGUCCAAAUAGAGUUUUCAACAGUAAGAAUUGCGUCCUUUCGUUUCUAGAUCUCUUCCUGCCCCUGACCUAAUUCCCACGCAAACGGUGCUCAUAUUUAUCUGCCAUUAACUCGCGCUAGUUAUCGGUUGUUCGCUUGAUUUCAGUAGUCAUUCUCAAGUCGCCUCUGGUUAAUGAGGUGUUUACACUUCAUGCAACAGGUGGGUUCACUCAGAUUAUAUAACUAACAAAUAGCAAAAUGGUGCGGUUGUCUCGCUCGUCAACGUUCUUUCGGGCUGUGUUCAUUUAAAGCACCGUAUCAACAUGAGAAACGGUGCGUGGCAUCAGCUUUGGGUGAGUUUUAAGUGCUGAUUGCUUUUUGAGAGAAUAAGAAAGCCCACCGGUUUUCCAUCCCUCAUAAAUAGCCGGUUCUCAUUUAAUCGCAUUAACCAGAUCCUCAUAUUUGUUUCACAUCAGGACACGAAAUUUCCCCUCCGAUCUUGACCCCAUUAGUACUUCAAUUUUUGCGACUCUGGCCGCACGUCUUUCCGUCACAAACGCUUUUGGCGUUUUAAAUGACGAUUUUAUUUAUUUAAUUUAAGUUCACCUUCAUGGUAUGUCCGAGACAUCACUUUCAUCUGAACGGCACAGGUGACUAAACUUCCAUUUGACCCUGUCACAAGGUCUGCAUCUCCUGCUGUAAAAAGACAGGUCACACUCGCCUCUUGCCUCUCUGGGCUGCGACUUUUGGCUGAAAUGUCAUUUCCGGCCGAAAAUAACUACGACCUUACGCUUUAUAAGGGCCUGAUUAGCUUGCGAGUGUAAGGAGUUUGGAGUGAUAGGUCAAAUUGAAAGGCCAUUACAGUAGAUGUGCUAUUUCACGAAGCGUAAACCGGGGCUAUAAAGUACGUUUUCGAUUCGAAAGGACUACUUAAGUAGGGCUUUAAUAUUAAUUAUUAUCAAGAUAUUUCAGUCACGUCGGGGUGCUGGCUUCUGGACGAGCUUUUUUGACCGUCUGAAAAAACUACAACUCGUAAAGAACCGGCUACUUGCGUUGUAUGAUUUUUCCGAUCCAUUUUCGAUGCCCGUAUAAAUUCAAACAUUUUGUUGAAAAAGUGGACAAAAGUAUCUUGUACUUAUUUGGUAGCAAAUGAACCCUUUAAAUUUUAUGCUCGAAGAAAGGGUAUCUUGCGGUUUUAGAAGCUUCAAUUUCUGAAUAAUGUAAUGUCUCACCCGCCGUUACACUUGCAUUCGGCGUUUGCAAACUACAAGCUGUAUACUUUAUGGGCAGCAUUAAUAAAUGGACGGAUCCGAUGCUUCAUGGAUGGACAUUUGCUAGUCUGAAAUUGUCUUGUAAUUAAAAACUUGUCAAAACCGAAUGAUACCUUUUCUUAAAGUAUAAAACUUAAAGAAGACUCGGUUGGAUACCAACUGAGUUCAAGAAAGUGUAUGUUGAUUAUGUUUUUUAUACAAUAUAUCCGGACUUAUAGGAGCGGUGAAAAUCAACUAGAAAAAUUCAUACCACAAGAGGGGUUAUUUUUUGCGGCGUAUAGUUUUUGCAGGUUACUGGAGUGGGGGGGGGGGUUCAUUCAAAGCCGCACAAUGAUUAAUGCUUCAACCCUACUUGAGUAAUCUUUUCGAGUCGAAAGCAUAUUUCAGAAUCUGGGCCAAUAUUUCAUGAGAUAGCACAUCUUAUUCUGCGCACUGCAUACGAUCAAGAGAAAGAGGAGGUUGGCUCUGUUACUCAGACUACCAGACUAUCAUAUUUCACUUCUUUAAUGAAGCAUAGCGCUGCGAAUUUAGGCCGCACUUGGUUUUCUGGAACACUGCCUUUUAAAAGUCCCAUUUGUCUACGAUUUCACCUUUAAGUAGACUCAUAAAUGCUCCUCGAGCCACCGGCAACCAGGAUACUUCUCUUGCUCUUUGUCUCAACUUUAAACUAUCGCAGAUCUCUUUGGGGAGUCAUAUGUGAGUUCGCCAUGCCGAAUAAAAGCAGCACACGUACUACCGUAAUAAGAAUGAAUGUAAAAACAUCAGAGCACGGCUCUCCUCCUCCUCCUCCUCCUCCUCCUCCUCCUCCUCCUCCUCCUCCUCCUCCCAUUCUUUACCAUCCUCAGCAUCAGCAACCGUCCUGUCCUUUUCUUUAGGUUAUGGGACUCGCAUUCCACGCACUUUCAAUUAUUGCCAACUGUUCUUUCGGUGAGUGAAUUUCCGUGUUUUCAUCUGGCUGUGUGGAUUUUCAUAUUGCUUCGCUUUAACCCGCAGGCCCGGCGCCCGUGUGCAAUGCGUAUCGAGUGUAGUGCUUGGUGCAUCGGCUUCCGUUUUAUUCUCCUUUUUUUCUAUGCGAAUUUUCCGCGUAUUUCACGGAAUCUGUUUUAGCUUGAUUUUCAAAUAUUUUCGCUUCCCUCACUAAAGUCAUGUUUUUUUUCACACUGUCAGCUUUCCUUCUAGACCCUUUUGCUUACGGUCCCAUGGCUGGUCAGACCUGUCCGGCUGCAUUCAUAGUGAAAAUGCUUGCGUUCUUGCCAGUGGUGUGUACAAAUCAUAACUGCGCUGCGUUUCACAUUGAACAUCGAAAAAUUAAACUAAGCAUCUUUCGUUUUUUUCCCCAUUGAUUGCUGUCCAGACAGCUUAAGAACCAGGCAUAAUAUUGCUUCCCUUUCCUAUUCACAGGUCUGUUUCGUUAAAAAAGUACAAACCCAGCCAAUAGGGCGUGAAGAUGCUCGUAGAAGGAACAUCACUUGUCGGCGGUGGCAAGCCUCGAGGCUGGGAGUUUUUGCAACCUUUACAAUUCUUUGAGUUCAUUAUCAUGAGCGCAAGCCAAGCAGCAAUAGAACAAAGUUAAAUUUACAAAGGGACAGUGUCGUGUCGUCUCCUACUCUUGUGACCAAUUACCGAGGCGCAGAAGGGCAGAUGAUAUUUGCCAAUUGGUCCACGACCAGAGUCCAACGCCUCGAGUCUAUCACAUGCGAUCUUGACUCCGGCUCAUCUAAUUAUCCUCGUCGAAAAAUCGAAGACCGAUCUGCUGUAGACUAAGAAAAGGAGAUAAUAGGUCUCCUGCUUGGACCGCCAGGUUUUAGUAAUGAGUACUACGGCCGGAAUUUUGCCUCGUUUGGCCUGUUUAAUUGAAUUUAAUGACGGAUUUUUGCCCGUCCGGAUUCAAUUGGUCUUCGUGGCGUAGAGUUUGGUGACAUCGUACCCUUCGUGGAUGUUCAAUGACGGCAGUGAUCAAUAAUAAUAUCGACAGAGGUUGGCGGGACUUGAGUGAUCCUUCCCCAUCCUUAUCUGCCGUACCCGAGCCCCGGGACUGGGGAGGGGAGUAGAGACCUAGAACCCAUUCGCGUCCUGUUGCUGGAACCAUUCAAAAUCACAUGGAAAUGCUGCCUCCCCGAUGUGCUGGUAGGGCAACACUGCGCUCCUUCCUUUCUGCUUCCUGUGUCUUCUUAGGCCUGAGCUUUGAGGUAUGACCGUGUGACGGUGGAAGAUAAGCCAUUAAUGGUCAUUGCAGUCCCCGUCGUGUUUUUGGUAUCCCACCUACAUUUUAGUGUUGUUUGUUAGCAGUGACAAUAUUCAGUGGAAGGUGCGAUCGUUGGAACAAGAGGUUUUUGGCAUGACGUUUCAAAUUCUCACUCGAACCCAUCACCAGAGACAGUCGACGUGGCAAUAUUAAUAGUUUAAGGCGUGAUGUUUGUAUCGACGAUAGUAUUGGUGGUAGCUCCAAUAGUUUUAUAUAUUGUGUGACUUUUCUGACGGGAGCGGUAGCAACACCAUCGGAUUCCAUAAGGGCAGUGAUAUCACCAAUAGCAUUAGUAUCCGUAGUGCGUAACAGCACACGUGACGGCCGUAUUUAUUGGAGGACAGCGAAAAAAAACAAACUUAACAGUGUACGUAUUAACAGCACAGUUUGUGGCCACGUCGUGGGACAUUGAUUUUUGGCAUUCCCAUGCACACCCUUUCGCCGCCGACUCCGUGAAGCGCGAAUUCCUUGUCACCCUCUCGCGAGCUAGCCCUCAUAGAGGUUUAGCAGUGGCGUUUCGGUAUGUCGUCGUCUGCCUUUCGUCUAAAUGUCACAGUCAAUAAAAUACACGCCACCCGCUCCCUCGUCCUUUCCCAUUGACUCGUUUGUCUUUUUUGCCUUGGUCGAAAUAGGAUUUUUGCCGGAUGUUAUAUGCUGUUGGUGGAUUACGUUUUGUACUCCCAUAUUGCAUCUCUGGUGAAAAUUAUAGUCAUAGGUUUCUGCAUGGGAAACUGCCUUUGUAACAAUUUUGCCGGGAAUUUUAGACGGAAUUACGGAAAUUAGUCAAGUACACUGUGUUGUUUUGAUGCGGUCAUUUUUUACAUGAUGAAUGUCGAAGCCCCCCAUUUGCCCGCUCCUUGAAACAAUCCCCUCUGCCACCAGAAUAGUCUACUUUGUGCACCAAACGUUCGUUUAGCUUUGUCCAAGACGCUCUUUCCAGCUGUUUGCCUUUUCGUCAUGUUUGACAACCCGCUGAUACUAGUGAAUUUGAAGAAGGCUGUUAAAAAUGUCUCAGUCGGUACUCUUGCAUGUUUUUAUAUUCCUAACUGCAUUUAUCUGGAAGCUUUGGGGAGUGAGACAACACAAAGCUUUUGAUUCUCCCCUUUCUGGGGUGUCCGUUGUUUAGGAAACUAUGACAAGGUGAAAUCACCAAAACUUUUAUCUCAUACCAGCAUUCCUUACCGAAUCCUCCCGCCCGGGUUAAAGAGCGAUAUGAGGCGCUGAAAGCAAGCAUUUGCCCCCCCCCCCCUGUGAUCCGUCGUUUCUCAUCAAAAUUCUGCGUAAUUUUCAUCAAACAUUUCAUGACCCAGUCCUGACAAACAUGUACUUUCGACGAUUUCUCUUCAUCUUGGUAAAUUCAUAUGUUUAGCAAAUACUUGUUUGCUAACUUAUGUCAUCCUCUAAAAGGCUCAGGGAGAGAAGGGAUGGAAGUGAGAGGCAAGCGUUUUUAUGGCGGAAGAUCAUUGUGAGCACGAAGUUGCAUGGAGUCACCUAGUUUAUUAUUUUUGAGAGGACUAUUUCUCUUCCUCGUCUUUCCUGCUUCUAUAUGUCAUUAUUCCCACUUCGCUAUCUUCUAGGGCUUUGGCUCUCCAGCCUGUGGAUCGUUAGCAUUCCCUGCCACCUUAUAAUAAUCAUCCUGCAGAAUUUCAUCUUCCUUGUCAUGGAGCUGGUCAACGUAAUUUACCUCAAGGUAAGACCCAACUUACUCCUGGUCUCUUGUCUCCUCUGCUGUCUGUUUUUGAUUUGUGCUGUCUUCUCCAUGGCGUUGGUAAUUAUUCAACCUCGCCACCCCCCCCCUCCCCAAAAAAAGAUCCAGCUACAGAAAAACAGCUAAUUGUCUGCAUUUUCUUAUUAGUCAUUUCGAUGGCAACUUAAAUGCGCAGGUCGGAAGAUAAUUUAUCCAAAGCUGACUUAUACUCGCCAAAUUGUCUUUUAAAGUAUUCAAACCUUUAGUCUGAUCCACAGCCACCUGUACACGGCUGGCCACUGGCCCAUUCUCAUCACCAGAUGGCUUACAGGCUCGAACGGUAGGUUGGUGCAUGAGAGUGAGGCCAACCCUGGGGAAUCUAUUCCCACGGUACUUUAGUACAUCCCUCGCUAUAAUAAACCGGACGAGCUUGCAUCGGUCAGGAGGAGUAAGAGUCGUGGCUUGCAAAGUUGCCCACUGGCAGGGUAACUUGGUCCCUCUUAGUCGGGUUGCAAUGGAUCCUUUUUAAUGUUGCCUUCUCGGCACUGCCGCCUAUCUGAGCUUCGAGUCUUCCCUACUGAUAGCCGGGUACAUUUAAUGGAGACCAACUCGUGUGUGGUGUGCGUUGGCGGGCUGUUUAGCUUUGUCGACCACUGCGCCCAAGGUGGGCAGGGGUGAAGAGAGAGCGACAGCUGCUUCACUACAAACUCAUUCGUGUGCAAGUCGCCUGUGCUGUACCCACUUCGAGGGACGCGUGAUGAUAAAAGUAGAUGUUUGCGACAGUUGAACUCUCACAGGCGAAGAAAAAACAUUUGACAUAUAUUACAGCAAAGAGUGAAAUGACACUCUCAGAUCAUACCAGAGCCCCACGCUACAAGUGCCUGCGACUGCAUCCAUUGAGCCGGUCGCUUUAUUAGUUGAGAUGUGAGCUCGCACUCCGUUGACUGCAGUGUGAGAUAUUCCAGUCUACGUGGAGUUGCUGCCCUCCACCUAUUUUGUCUGGUCACAGGACGAAGUAUGGACGUUCCGCUUCUUUUUUCCCUGAGAUCUCUUGUAGUUCUUUCUCGGGCGCAAUGCAUGCAAAUAGGCAGUAUGGGCCUUCUGACAUUUUGUGAGGCAAUGCGCAGGCACUGCCUAGGCAGAAAGACUUCCUUCAUAUCAUUGGCAUAUUACAUAAGCCUGAACUGAUUUGCUGACUUUGAUAGACAGCGUUGAACCUUGACAGCACACUGCUCACACUUGCCUUCAGAAAAAUGUUUGAUGCCAUCACCUGUCACCCGCAUGCCUCUCCGUGUCGUCGUUGUUCCUGCCUCUCCCACUACUCCUUUUUUUUCUUGAAAUGUCACCCGCUGUUAUAGAAGAUCUGCGAUCGCAUAGGUCUCAUUCAGAGCAAGCGAUCUACCUCCUCGCAUGGGAGCAGGAAACGAGUUGGUAGAGAGAAUCCUGUGGAAGCCACCGACUAUCUCGGCCGGACAGUCUCCUCCUCGCGAGAGAGCUCCCCUGCCCCUGCCUCAUCCUGCGUCCUAGGGGACGCACACAGCGACCCCCUGGCUCGUAAGCCGGCUCUUUAUGGGAUCGGAAAAUCGCUGAUGGACCGCGUCUACUCUCUUCUUUUCUUCAUCAUAUAUCGCCUCCAGGUAAAUCUGGGUCCUCUUUUUCAUUACCGACCUUCCUCUCGUCUGAAAUACGUUACCAUGGAGAAUCGGUGCCUGUCACUGAGGUUUUCAACAUUUUACUCGUUAUUUCUUAUUCUGCCUUUGACAGCGCGAGGUUUAAUUGCCCCUGCUUACCUGCUUGUGCCUAGUAGGGCUAUGACUAAGCCUCAUUUAUCUGACCUCGAGGAUAUCACAGAUUGCACCAUUUCUUGCAUGACGGUCAGCGGCAGGGGAUCUGCACAGCUCGAUCUAUUCUUUUCUCCAAUGACGUGGACCGAAUACCUGUAUACUUCAUUCAAGGGAUCGUUCUCAGGCGACGGCGGCCAAACACCUCCAGCUCUUGUUCUCCACCCAAAUAACCCCGCAAUCGCAGUGUCAUAGGAAGACCGAUCGGGGGAAUGUCUUGGUACACGUGGAUGUUUGUGAGGACCAUAAUAUCGCUACAGGUUCAGAGCUGUCCAAGACUUGCAGAAACCAUGCAAAAAUCACUGAUUUUAGUAACAAUCUAAUCCUUUCUCUGCCGAUCGAAGGCAAGACUUUUCUGCCGUUAUGCAGUUUGUUUGCUGUACCAGAGUACCGAACACUCGGGUUGAGCAUAGUUAGCAAACCUAACUGUCACGUAUUCACUUUUAAACCGACCGCCACGAUCGCGGCAACUUUACCUCGGACAGGAGUCCACAGGGUCAAUGCCACUUGUGGGUUAAUCCUCAGUCGAUAAGGAUGCGCGUUACCCGUUACUGUUGCGACGCCCUUUCACUUCUGGACCGGUAGGAACCCUCCAGUGCCGCAUCAUUCACUUAAAUUUUUGUGAAUCACAAGGCCAGACAGAAGGCCUCCCGGAGACGCCAUAACCCUGCCUACGCCCUGUCAGCGACAAUCAACUGCUAGUACUGUCUUAUAAUCACUGCGAAACUAGCGUAAACGAAUCAACCUACUGCCCCCAAGCCUCCCAUCGCGCAGGCACAGGUGGACAUUACCUUCAGUCUAAGGCUGCCUAGCGUCACUUUGCCACUCGGAAUGUUCAAGCUCUGUAAUGCCAUAUUACUGAAGACGUUACUCGGUAAAGUCCACUGGAUUUCCCCUAGGCUUCUGGGCGCACGAUUAGUGAGGUACGCCGGCUUGCCUGACAACGCGCUUGGUCGUGGCGCAGUCGAGAUAAAACCCGCGGCGGUGGCCGUGCAACGGGACAGAUGUAAAAUAGUAACCGUCAAACGCCAUCGCAACCGACGGUCAUAAUUCUGUCAGGCCUGUAGAGCCAUAUAGGCGAUUCCGCGGGGACUUGAUACGGACUUUCCGUACCGUGGGUUUUUCUCCCUGCGCCCUCCCUUUUGAUGACUUCUUCCAACUCGCAACUGCAAUCAACCCUCGGAGGCAUUCCUUCAAACUGCGUGCACCCUAAGGAAGAUUGGAUGUGUGACAGACACAUGCCGCAUCAACAAGCGGACUAUGUGACUAUGUAACAUUAAAACAAGAAUUCUUCUGUGAAACUAAGUUUUUUUCUACCCGAUGCUGUAGCUUCCUCAUGUUGUCGCCAAUUCCCCCGAUUUGUACGUAACAAAUAGGGUGUUCAACCGCGUAAGCCUAUUUCUCCUGAAUACAAUGAACUGAACGCACCUUGCAGGCGCACCACCUCGCCACAGCGCAGAACACUGUGGCCUGGCGCAUCAGCUACACCACAAAGACCUAGUGAAUAGUCUGAUCUGGCAGCCGUGAAAAACCAUGAGAUAGCUUUAGCUGCCACCGCUGAUUGAGUUCCAGAUCACCAAAAGACCAGAGAGGAACAUUUCGAAGACAAUAUUUGAGCGACUGUUGAGGGCCCGAUUUUGUCGAAGAUCUACGAAACUCUUCACGAUCACUGAGGUCAGAUAUUCCAAGCACUGUCACAGCCGUUUCAACCAAGUAAUGUGAUUAAACUCUAGAGCUGAUAAGCUUCAUCCUACAUAUCCUCUCACUGGGACUGCUCUUCAAUUUUUUGCAACUCUUCUGACGGAAUUUUCUCCCACUCUUCAUCAUGACGUUCCGAGCUGCAUAUGGACGACAAGAAUUUUCGCUAUAUACCCUGCGUGACCGAUCUCAUGAAAUGUUGGCCAAAAUUCUGGAAUGCGUUUCCGACUAGGAAGGACUACUUAAGUGGAGUUGUUAUACUGAUUAUCAUGCAACAUAACCCUAUAACAUUUCGGACUCGCAAGGGUGUCGGCUUUUGAAUGCACUUCUUUUUGAUCUCCUACAGAAACCACACACGGUAAAAAAUGACUGCUUAAGUACCAUGAUUUUUUUCUAUUGACUUUCGAUGGUCUUAUAAAUUCAAAUAUUUUUUAUAGAAAAAAUGCAUAAAAUAUGCUUUCUUUUGCUAAUUUGAUAGGAAAUCACAUUGUCUUCAUAUUUAUGCCCGAAGAAAGUGUAUAUUUAGGUUUUAAAAAGUUUCUAAUUAUGAGAUUUUUAAGACCGUUUGAUGUCCAUUCCUGCAAGGUCGCACAUGUCCGUUUACUAAUGCUCCUCAUGAAAUGUACAACACAGUCCGGGUCCAUUACAAAACUGCAUGAACUCUACGUGGUGUCUUCUUAAAGACAUAGAGGAAUAUAUGAUUUUCCUUACGCGGAAAGCGUGCACCUUGUAAACUGAAAUCGCUAAACGCUGAUGCAAUGACAGAUCAGGCGCAAAAUUAUUCGGGAAUUGGGAAACUUUUUAAAAACCUAAAUACACAGUUUCUUCGGGCAUAAAAUAUGAAGACAAUGUGAUUUCCUACCAAAUGAGCAAAAGAAAGCAUAUUUUUAUGCAUGUUUUCUAUAAAAUAUAUUUAAAUUUAUAAGACUAUCGAAAAUCAAUGGAAAAAAUGCAUGCCACUUAAGUAGUCAUUUUUUACCGAGUGUAGUUUCUGUAGGAGGUUAAAAAGAGGUGCAUUCAAAAGCUGACAUCCUGAUGAGUCCGAAAUGUCAUAGGGUUAUGCUGCAUGAUAAUCAGUAUAAUAACCCCACUUAAGUAAUCCUUCCUAAUUGGAAACGCAAUCCAGAAUUUUGGCCAGCACUUUAUGAGAUCGGUCACGCACUGUAUUUACCAGUAUUACCACCACGUGUCUUCUCACUUAAGAAAGGCAUGGAUCAUGGCAAACGUGGUUGUUUAUCCACCGUAAUCAACAGUGGCGGCCCGUGUGAUGGGUAGCGUGCCUUCAUGGUCGAUAUUACGAUUAGUUGGAAGUUGUCCAACGAGUGCCUCUGUUGACCCUAAAUGCCCGUUGACAGUGGAGAUAGAUUGAAGUAUUGUUAUAGUCGUCUCUGGGCCUGUCAACUAUUAAACCGCAGUAUUAAGACCAUUUGGUCAAUUAGUUGAUGCUUUUUCCCCUUUGACGAUAACAAAUUUAGUCUAAUUUAUUUAGGUUAUUAGUUUAUUGCCGGACUACGAUGACUCAUCUGUGUCCGUCCUGCAUAAUACAAUUUUCCGGCCGUUCUUUAUGGUUUGCUUCAAAUGCUGCCAUUUACCCACUUAAACCUGCCUUUCCUCCUCCAAAGAUAUCGGAUUUCAGUUAUGAGUUCUUGUUUGUUUCUUGCAUUUCACGUAGUGGAAAUUGGUGGGUGCGCUUGUUCCUCUGACUUGGUUCAACUUCUUCAUAAACUCCACCAGCCAGGCCUUCAUGUACGCCUGCUACGCUUACGAGUACUUUGCCCGGCAGACUUCCGGUGAGUUCAGCCGUUUAUUUCCAUUUUGCUGCUGUUAAAUUAAGUAAAUCAGAACUUCAUACCGGUUCCACAGUUGCCAUGACUCAAAGCCACCAAGCCAGCCACCCGCAUGUAAUUACCUUCGCCAGGACCCACCUCCGUGGCGCCAACUGGAAUUGUGGUUUCACUCUCCCCCUCACCUCCCCAAACCAGAGCUACAGCUUAAUUAUUUACUUGCCCGUAUCUUUUAAUUCAUUUCUUCAAUAGCCAUAUGAAUGUACAGGCCUGAAGAGAAUUUAUCGAAAGCAGACGCAUACUCGCCAAAUUGCCUUUUGAAAUAAGCAAAUCGUUUUAUUUAGCACCCACAAGGACACUUUUAUGGUAGGUAAAAAUAUAUUUUCGAGCGAAGCUUAGAACGAGUUGGCAAACAUUACAGAAGUAGAAGUGCUAACGCAUAUACUUCUUGGCAGCUGGAACAAGAGCUUUAUUCGCCUGACGUUUCGGAUUAUCGCUUGAACCCAUCAUCAGAGACAGUGACAGAUCCGUACCCGUCACUGUCUCUGAGGAUGGGUUCAAGCGAUAAUCCGAAACGUCGGGCGAAUAAAGCUCUUGUUCCAGCUGCCAAGAAGUCAUAUGCGUUAGUACUACAGGAGCCAAAGAACACACUUCCCACUUGCCCGAGAGGUGCCUAGUUCGUGCCUGCGGUAUGUGGUGUUGAACGCGCUCAUGUGUGAUACACCUGUUGAUGGCUUUGUAAUGUGGCUUAAUCUGUGGUGCUCUACUGCAGAUUUUCAUGGAGUCGGCUAUACUUUUAGACUGGUAACUGUCACACCACCGCUUGAAACAAUCGACCUUCUAGGCCUCACCGACAGAGGUAAGAAGAGUUUUUAGCUCCUGACUGACCGCCAGAAGACUGUGGAACACUGGACUGUCCGGUAGUAUAUCUGCUUAUUGAGCCUUCACGAACGCUAAUAAAGGCCCGACUUCAGCGCCAGCUGGUAAAAAUUGCUUCUGGUCGACGUCAGUGUCCAGGCCUUGCAGCAGCUGAAAGGUAAAACUUAGGUCGUCCCUGAGAGGAAACUGAUUUAAAACACAUUUGUUGUGGGUAUUCUGGGAGCUCCACUUUGGGUGCUACUUUUUGUUACGCAUCUCUGAAUUCAUUCUACGAUGUGAAUGUAGUCGGUCAGUCGUGGACCUCCAACAUAAAUUCGGCUUCGUAGAUGAAGCACAACGAAAGUUUCUAAAAGUUCUCCAAACGUGCAGGCCCAACUGGCUCUCUUACGCAUUGCUGCGUUUUAUGGACUGCGCCGCGCAACUUAAGUUAUCUUUUUAUGGGGAUGCCAAAGUCCUUUUGAUCAUGAACAGUUUCUGGCGGAAUUCCAUGGGGCAAGUGUUUCUGGUGUGUCCUCUUCCUCCUCUGCCUUACUAAGUUCAAAUUCACUCGUGUAAUCCGGUAAGUUAAGUUUCGCACACUACCCUUCACUCCGGUUAUGUAAUGUAUCCAUGUUUCUUUUCAGGAUGGAGGUGUUUGUUUUGUCCUUUAUAAUUAUCCUGAAUUUCAGGUCAUCUUCAAAUAGCACUACCUCCGGCCUUGCCCUAGCCGCCAAAUUAUUUUUAUGCCGAAUAGACGAGUAGCCCGAGAACGGAUUGUUUAUAACGUCAAUUUAUCAAGAUCCAACCUCAGUGUGUAUCUUUCCAUCGUAACGGUUUCUUCCCAUUCCCACACGAAGCUUUCAGACUAAUACGAUAGAUUAUCUCUAAAAUUGCCGUCAAACAACUUUUGAGGGUCCCGCUUAUACGGAACCCUGUUACGUGCACAAAAUAUUCAUUUUUCAAAGUUUUCGUCCACUCUUCGGCUUCAUUGGGAAUAUCCACGAUGAAGGAUGUGUUUUGACAAGAACUCUGCCCCCACGUUAUUUGCUUAGUGCUCUCAUCCAAUGAUUGAAGUAAUUUCUUACUUGGGAAUUUCCUCCCAGCCCUAAAGCAAUAAUCGAUGUUGGUCCUGGUGAUAUAUCUGGACUUGGGUACGCCAGCAAGUGGACUAGACUCAAUUUCAUUAUAUCUGCUUACUAUCACUUAUGCUUUAACAGUCAAAAGGACUGAAUGAGCCUGGGCAGAACUUGCGUUCUCCAUAGUCCGUUAGCCUUUGUGUUAUUUUAUUUUCGCCUUUUUCGGUUCCCAAGCAACAUGAAUCUGAGCUUUUCCUUCUAUAGACACAAGGCUUUUGGGUUUUCGUGACGACUCAGGAUAACUCCUAGAGACUUUUCGACCUUUCUAUCGACCAGUGAUUUUGCGCUCCCUUUCGUUCGUGUCGUCGUUUCCACAUUCCACCUGUUCACUAGGAUUAUUUGUAUUUCGCGAAACCUUUUCGAGUCCGCUGCACUUUUUGUUCCUCAGAUCUGUUCUUACGCAUGACUCACUUUUUCCUUGGCUGUUGUUUAUUGAUGAUUAUUUUCAGAUGCCACUAUCGACCUCCUGUUGCCACAGAUAGUUGACUACUGGCCGUUCUUCCUUGGUUAUGGUCUCCCGUUGGGCACUCUGGUCUCCCUUUUUCCCGGGCUCUUCGGUUGGGGCGAUCUCAUCAUAGCCUUCACCUACCCACUGCUGGUAAUCGGUGCCUUUCAGGUCUCUUGGUCGAGAGCCCUAGACGUGCGCUGCCGCGUGCCCACCUUCACCAAGUCCCUCCUCAUCGCCUCGAUGCGGCCGAGUCUUUGGAUCACCAACUGUCUCCUCUCCCUCUUUGGCCGCCUCGGCCUGAGGUUCUGUCUUGCGAGGCCACCAAAGUCAGCAUCUACUGCUGCCUCCGCUGCGCCCCUCACAUCUCGACCACUGCCCUAUCCUCGUACUGUUAAACCCGCUUCACAGCGGAGCCAGUGUCGACCAGUAGCGCCGACAGCCGGCUCCAGACCACCAAAGCACUUUUGA